AUGAUUUCAGCUGAAAGGUCUGGACAAUAUGACCACUUGAUGUUCAGACCAAGCAAAAAAAGGAAGGGUGGAUCUGUAGAUUUACAUGAUACCAUUGAUCUCUCAUUUAUUGAAUCAGAUGAUUUUGAAAAAUUCAUAGAUUCCACACGGUUGACAUGUUCAAAUCGUCUGAGAAUAUGCAAAUUAAAUUUGGUUUUAUAUGAGCAAGUUGUUAGAAGUAGUGAACGGUUCCGCAUAUUGCUAUUAGUAGCAUCAAAAAGAUAUGCAGGAUGUUGGCAAUCAGAUUUGAUGAGAGAACUAUCUAUAUCACCAAAGGAACUAUUUGUGUUUCUUAAUUCGUUAUGCAAACUGGGAUUGAUUUAUAAAUUAAAUGUACCUCAUAACCGCAUAUCAAAAUGUUUGUUAAAGAAUACUGUUAAAUGCUAUGAUGAAAAGGCACAAGGUUCAUCAAAAAAGGUAGAUGGUGGAGCAUCAAGAUUGCAAAAUUCCUCCUCUCUAUGUUUUUAUGCAAAAUACUUUGUCAUUGAUAAGCUUCCUGAGCAUAUCAGAUCUAUAUGCUUCAGAAAUAUCAAUGAAAACGCAGAAAUAGCAUUAAUAAGUAUGCUUGAGCGCGAAGAAAACCAUAUUUUACUGGAAAGUGAUUGGAAAGCCGCGUAUUUUAAGAUGGCAAUGGAAGAGAUAAAAUCCUUAAAUACCCGGAUAGAAAACUAUAUAAUAUCACGGAGCUAUAUAUCUUUUCGUAAGUUGUUGGAAUCAAAGAAUAAAAUUAGUCGCACAUUUGCAUGGUGUCCACAAACAGGACAUUUUGAAAGGUGUAUAAUGUUAUAUAAGGGUCCCAUAGAUGAUACAAUAAAAAUAAACUUGAAUGGUUUGCUUAUCCCAAAUAGAUCAAUAUGUGUUAUAAAUUUGAAAAAGUUUGAAGGCGCUGAGGAUCGUUCGGAAAUUAACCAGAAAAUUUCUCCUACUAACAUGGAUUUUAGCGGUCAUUCAGCUCAAGAAUACAUUUAUUACGUCAUAAAACUAUCUCAGAAUGGUGCGAUUGCCAAAGAUAUAAACCGAUAUGUCCCUAUAAAAUAUAGACAGCUUUCAAAAAUCCUCUUUAAUUUUGAAUCGACAGGCCUGGUUGUAAAGGAAACAGAGCGUUCUGGGAAGACAUUCAUGUAUCGUUAUUACGUUAACAAAGAAACGCAAGCUGCUAAAGAUGAUAUAAUUCCAGAAUUACUAACUAUCGACGGCGCAACCACAGAAGAGGUUCCUUCGCAUGGAACUACCUUCACAAAAAAGGAGGAUAUAAGUUACCCAGAGUUUUUGUCAAGACAGAGGUUGUAUUAUACAGAUGAAUCAGUUUAUGUUAAGGACUUUGAUCUUAUCUUUGGAAAAUUGUUAGAAUUGCCAAAGCAAGUGAAUACUAUAAUGUUCAAGAGACGUAUGGUGUUAUUUCACAACUAUAUAGAUUGCUUUAAAGCCGCUACAUUUUCCAACAUUGCAGCAUUUUAUAAUGAUAUGGAGAACUUGAAUACUAACGUUGAUCGAAAAACUGUAGUAAGAGUGUCACAAUAUGUAGUAACAACGUUAAAAUAUAUCAAAAAACUUAAAUCUGACAAGUUGAAGGGUACAAAAUUAUCUGUAGCCAUAGUUUAUGAUUCCAGAUAUUAUAAUGAUUUGGAUGCCUACAAUUAUAUACGUUCGGAUAUUGUGCGUAAAAGGAACAUAUUGUCGUCUCACGCUGCUGCAUUGAAAUCUAAGAUUAAUGACUCAUUUAAAAAUUUGGAGGAUGUAAAUAGUAUAAAAGAGUCUUCUAUUAUUCCAGAUAUUAAUCAGAAUGAAAUAAUAAUGAGCCAACUUAACAUACAGAUACCCUCUGUCGUUAAAAAUAUAUCGGUAAAUCAGCAAAAUCCACAUAGUAAAGGUGAGGAUAUCACAACAAAUUUUAGUCAGAAGCUUUUGUCAUCCAAUGGGUUCAUAUUUCCAAUAGUGACUAGAAUUAGGCGAUUGCAUCUCUUCUUGACAGAUAUAUUCAGUGAUUCAUCUCGUUUUUCUACUCUAGACGCAUUAAACUCUAUGAAUCUGGAACUUUUUUUCCAGCUUAUUGGCUGUGGAUAUGAGGUCUCAAAUAUUAAUCAAUAUUACGAAUCUACUACACUUAUAAGAGACUUGCCGGAUGAUAUCUUGAAAAGUUUGUCAAUAGGAUUUGGAAGGCGUGACCCGGUUCAAAUUUUAAAUAAUCUUUUGAACUUCUUAUUAAGAAUGAAGUUGUUACUAAUGCACGAAAUUUACUCUGAUACAUCGGCAAAAUGUAUAGUGGAGUGGGAGUUAGUAAAAUCAAUAAACCUUCACAGUUUUCUUCAUCCUGAUUCCAUAAUUGGUACAUACGAUUUGCUUAAAUCUCCAGAAAUUUAUUGGAACAGUUUAAAGAUUGAAGUAGAUAAUUACAUAAAUGGGAAAUUUGAUGAGCUACCGUCAAUUAUGCAUAUAAAAGAGAUUUUUGUAAGGAAAAAUUGGAAGAGGGUCUUUUAUUUAAGCAAUGUUGUUCGUAACGAACUCGAUAUGGCCGUAUCUAAUUGGUUGAAAUUAUCUUGCAAUCGUUUAAACGAGAAAAGCCUCCUGAAAUGUUUUCAUGUUCCAUUUCAGAUUGUUUCAUUCCUUUCAAAUAGGUUCAAUGUACCCAGCACUCAAAUAUUUAAUUUCAUUUUGAACAAAAUUAAGUCUAACAGAUACACCACUCCUUACGCCACUGAUGAUCUCAUUGUACACAAAAUUAUAAGAAACAUCAGCAAAGAUUCUGAAUAUUUAUGGCUUAGCCGGUUUGUAAUAGCAGAACGACUUUGCAAUGCUAUCUUCCAGUAUAUGUAUACGUGCAAAAGUACAAUGGAGGAUGGUAAAAAUGGAGAUGAUGUUGUUAUGGAAGAAAAAGAAGAGUUACCUGCACAGUCAUCAUUGGAAGACAUAUGGAAAUUCAUGUCCAUUUUGUUCGAAAAGAAGUACACUCCGGAAGAAUGUGUAUCCAUAUUUGAUUAUAUAUUAAACAAAUCAACAUAUAACUCAAGGUUAUUAAAAAGACUUCGGAAAUUGGCUUCUAGUGAUAUCAUAACUUGUGCAUUAAAUUGCAAUGUACCAAUGCUCUUGUCUUGCAACAAAACAACCGAACACCACCAAGAUACAUAUAUUACAAAGUUAAAAUCCUUGAUAUUUACACCUGCAGUUAAUUGGAGACAAACCUUUUCCUCCUAUUUUACGGACACUAAAAAAUUAAAGAUAAUCUUAAAAUCAUGGGUUGAUAGGGGAUGGAUUGUAAGAACUAAGAAAAAAACCCAUAUUUUUGGCAAAUACAAGCUGAAUACAAUUUCCAAAAUUAAACUGUUCGGUAAAUUUUCGGAUUUGCAUUUUUAUGCAAAUGUGUUGAUUUCAAAUUUUUCAUUGUUUUCUCCGAAUAAUAAUCUGAAGAAUACUGCAGUUAAUAGGAACGAACAUGACGAUUGUAAAACAGAGAGUUCUAUUUCAAAAUGUCUGGAUAUGAAUAUAUAUUCAGUUUAUAAUUUAAUGGAGCAAUUAGCAAAAGAACAUGCCUCAUUGGAACCAAGGUGGUCUAAUAAUAAUAAUAAUAUUGACAAAAAAGCUAAAUACAAUUAUGCCAGAUUGAUCGAUGGGGGUAUAACUAAGCAUAUAAAUGGUUCUAGUUCUGAUACUUUAUCUAUUUCUUCUGUUGAGGCAAAAAUCACUGAUGGGCAGAUUGUCUCAGAAAACAUAAAUAUGUUGCAAAAGGAUGCAAUUACCAAGGAUCUUGUUUGUGGAAAUCAGAUUACAGAUAUCCUUAAUCCACUGGAAUCUGAGAUUAUACUUUCAAAUAAUAUGAAUUCUCAUUUUCCUCUUAUAAGUUAUACUUAUAGUUUUGACCCUGAAGUGAAGGAAAACAAACUUCGUUACAAACCAUUACAUAUUAAACCUUUGGAAUCUAGAAAUAUUUUUACACUGGAUGAGAUUUUUCAAUACCUGAUACAUAAUGUAUUUGAUGAUUUUCCUACAAGUGUAAAUUUGGAAGCUUAUCUAUACAAAUUGGUAGAUAUUGUAAGGGGUUCAGAGGAGAUGGGUAUAUCUUAUUCCAAUCUAAUGGGCAAAUUUAGGGAUAUGACUCCAUAUAAGGACGUUUCAGAUGUAUUUUCUAUUGUACUGACAGCUGCUCAACUUCUAAGAUUUGUGUUACGACUAGCCACAGGUGCAGAGUAUACCUUUAUAUACUGGGAAUACGGCCAAAACUUGUUGGUCGAUAAACAAAGGAUUCUUUAUGAUACACAAGAACAGGGGGUAUCAACCUGUAUUCAACGACCUGAAUAUAUUUCACCACUUUUUUGGAUUCUCUGGGAAGAUCAACCAUUUUCUGUGAGUUCUGAGAAUUUGAACAACUUUAUUGGAUCCUUGCAAGCAUUUGUGAGCGACAGCCAGAGAGAGGCUUUUGUUUCCAAUUUCUCUAGGACGAACUUGGCGGUAUUCACAUCACUAGAUGGGCAUUUGAACAGGGGGUUUCUAGCUUUUGUAUCCUUGAGAAUAUUCUUCAUGUUGAAAGAAAAACCAGGGCAAACAUUAGAGGAGGUUUGGAAGGAACUGGUUAUCCUGGAUGAAUGCGAAGUAGAAAUGUUGCUGGAAUCUAUGGUAAGCAUCGGUCUUCUGUUAGUAAAAUCUAUUGAAUCGCACAAUGUAAGAACGGAGCCAAUAUUUAUUCCGUUAGAUUUGUCAGAUUCUGGAUCCAUAAGACUAUAUUAUGCCCAAGAAUCAUCAAUAACGCUCUGGAAAUUUAGACACAUAUUAGUACCGUUUUUAAAGUGA